AUGAAAAGAAGGAAAUUUUUAAUUCUGUUCCUUAUUGGACAGAUUCUAGCGCAAAAUGACCCUUACGAAGAAAAAGUAAAAGCGCCAAUAUUUGUGUACAAUCGCUACUCAUCCGACCCUACUGAGCGGAGCCAUCAACAAAGAGUGAUUUUGUAUCACAGGAAAAAUGAUCUCACGAAUGCGAUCAACUUCAACAAAGUUCUUGAAAGCUACAGAUUCAAUCAGGGAAUUGUGGUCAAGAACCCAUUGAAGAUUGAACUUGUCUCUAACAAGGGCAACAUAUACCGUCGACCUAAUAAAGACAGAAACGUGUCGAACAAUUACGGAUCAUCCUCUUCAAGCAGUUCUUUGUCCAACAGUUACUCAAGCAGUCAAUCGUCUUAUGGAAGCCAAAAUAAUUAUGGGUACUAUCAACAACAGCCAAGCAACACCAAUUACAAUUCCUACUCGUCAAAUAAUCCUCCCGCCGCUCAAAACAUGUAUCAGCCUCCAAACACUACCCCUCGACCUGCUCAAGUAAUUACAACAACCAGGAGGACCACCACAACGAAGAGAACGACGACAACUCAGCCGAUCCCGAUACCACUCUUUACAGAAGAACUUAAUUACAACAGACCAAAGACUUACAAAAACCCAUUUGAACGGUCCGUUGAGAUGACCGAUUUCUGCACGACAAACUUUCCUGUUGGAAAUUUUGAGCAAAAGCGUUUAUGCCAGGAGAUUCUGGCAAACAUUCCGGACAGAAUUGUUCAUUUAGAGGGCCAACUUAGAAGCACGAUCGAUAUGGUAAAUCGCGUGAAGACAGAACAAGAUGAGACGAGUUACAAGAUCAUUAAUGAGCUUGGCGCAGUAGACAUGGAUUCUAGGAGGCUUGAAGAAAGAACUGAAGAGCAAGAAAAGAAGCUAAGUCGUGUCAGUAGAACAUUAGAUAACGGAUCAAAUAAUGAGAACAGCGAGUAUUGGAAGGCGAAAUAUAAAUAUGCAUACAUGGUAGAUGUAAUGGAGAAAAAGAAGCGAAUUCUCGAGGAGAUGAUGGACGGCGUAAACACCAUCCACAGCACAAUGAAGGAAAGUCUUAGAGCUCAAAAAUUAAUUAGAAGUCAAAAAGUUCUAAUCCCAAGAAAGGAUAUGAUUGUGAAUGAAAUGGCAGGAUAUAAAAAACAACCACAGCCGUCGUCUUACCGCCGGAACGACCAAGACAACUAUCAAUCUUCGCCUAGUCGCUCGGAUAUCAGUAUGCCUGAGCAAUUCGAAAGGGAGUUGUAUCAAAUUGCUAAAUCGAAGCCGGUCACGAAAAAGACUGACGCGACCGACUGUAGCGCCUUUGACGGGCCUAAUGCAGUAGACGGAAAAUAUGAUAUGAGUGGAAUCCGCGACGUUCGUGGAAGGGCGCUGACUGUUCGCUGCGAAUUUAUAAAGGGAAAAGGCUGGAUAAUAAUCCAGCGCCGAGUGGAUGGCGAAACAAACUUUACCAGAGGAUGGAACGAUUACAAAAAUGGCUUCGGAACAUUGAGCGGCGGUGAGCUGUGGCUGGGCCUUGAAGCAAUUUACCGGUUGACAAUGAACAAACCGAUGCUCUUAGAAAUCAUAAUGGAAGAUACUGAUGGACGCACUUACACCGCUGUAUACAAAAACUUUUCCAUCACCGGAGAAAGCUUGAAUUAUGCCGUCCGACAGGCAGAAUACGUCCGAGGCAACGCCGGAAAUAGCUUCUAUCGGAACAACGUAGGAUUCUCAACGCCUGAUCAGGAUAAUGAUAGGCACUCAAAGUACAGCUGUGGAUACUGGCUAAAGUCUGGCUGGUGGUUUAGUGCCUGUGGUAGCUCAAAUUUAAACGGCGUUUAUCACAAUGGAAAGUACACCGGUGUACAUGACGGAGUCUUUUGGCAAUCAGCCCGUGGGAAAUACUACUCAUUUGCGAAGACAACGAUGAGAAUCCGCCCUGAGAGUGGCAACGACGGAAAUAUUAUCGGUAAGAUCAAGGCGUCGCAUGGACUAGGCUAA